AUGGUUAUGUUUGAUGAUCAGUUGAUUUCUAAGAAGUUACCAGGAAUAGAGAGAAUUGUGGAGAAACGCAAUAUAAGGAGGGGGGGGCCGGGGCUGGCGGAGCCCGGGCUGAGGCUGCCGGGCCGGCUGGGAUCGUUCCCCUCCUGUCUGUCCCCGCAGAACGCCCUGAAGAAUGGAGAGUGCUCGGAGCCCACAGACAAGCAGGAGCAGCACCUGGGGAUGAAAAAGAAAAACAAUAAAAAGAACAGAAAUAGGAAAAAGAGCAGUACAGGGCUUUCGAAACAGUGGAAAGUUGGUGACAGCUGUAAUGCUGUCUGGUCUGAGGAUGGUAACACAUACCUAGCAACUAUUGCCUCCAUCAAUCAGAAGAGAGGCACAUGUGUUGUCACUUACACAGGAUAUGGGAACCAGGAGGAGCAGAACCUGGCUGAUCUCCUUCCUCCAGCCAGUGAUGAAACAAAUGAAAAUGAGGCUCCGUAUUCAACGGACGAAAGUGAAAAAUCUUUCCAGUCACCUCGCAGCAAAAACAACUGCACAAAAGCAAGAUUCUCCCCUCAAAACCUACCUUUCCACACACCACCACCAGUCCCAGGCCUAGAAAGGCCUGGACCAAAAUUCAGGGCACCUCCAAUGUUCUCAUCUUGCUUUCCCCCACCCUUCCCAGCAGGACCACCGUUGAUUCCUCCUCCACCACCUAUGAGACCAGACUCUCCGGAGGACGACGAAGCGCUGGGGAGCAUGUUGAUAGCCUGGUACCUGAGUGGUUACCACACUGGGUAUUACCUGGGUUUAAAACAAAGACGAAUGGAAGCAGCACUGGAGAGAGAAACACACACAAAAUAA